AACCUGGAAAUUAUUUUUGGUUUGGUCUGGUAACUUUAUACGACAUUUUAUACACCAUUAAGAUUUACAGUAGACUGUUACUCGUUUAAGAUACUGUAACUACAUGGUACUGCAUGUAGUGCACUGGUUUUCAACCUGGCUUUCGGCAUGGCUUGGGCGCCCUAGAUCAAAAAUGAGCUGUUGGGUCCCACCUCACCCCCCUCUCAGUGUACUCUGAACAUUUUCACUGAAUACUGCAUGGUUCCUGGUUUGUUGUGGUGAUUAAAUACAACGUAAUUCAGGAAACGGAACCUUGUCAAACGGCUGAAAUAACUCAAGACACAACCUACUUACGGGAUCUCACAACUGCUCUUUUAACCAAUUGCACAAUCAGCCAGCAGCAUAAUUCAUGUUUGACUCAUCCAGGAGAUAAAUGCAUCUCUUAAGAAGACUUUAGAGACUUUUAGGAUUCCCCAGCUUCAGCCACAGCCUGGUUUCCAGCUGGCUUUGUUUGUCUUCUCUCUGGGCUGACCAUCAACAAACCAGAAGCCUGUUGUUAAAAGCAUGGAGCUGCCCUGAGGGUCACAUCAGGCUCACACUGGGGAUAUGACAUCGCCGGUACACUCCAAACCAAUUUAAGGGCUUCAAACGUCGUCUUAUUUGUAUUGCGACCAUGUUAUUGCUGUUUGAAAUACAUCAGGUUCCUCUGGCCCGCCUGUGUCCACACCCUUUUGUCAAACACACACUGAUGAUGUCAACCUAGACAUUAAGACUUCAAUGUGUGGAAACUGAGGACACCUGCUGGAUGCCAGCUGCCAUUACGGCACAGAUGACACCUCCGUGAAACAAGAACUCCCCCCACACACACACACACACACACACACACACACACACACACACAGAGGCCAUCCCUCUCUCCUCAGCUCUUGACCGGGGAGUCCGGCACAAUCCAGCAGCAGCAGCAGAUCUUUGGAGGAGGCAAACACUUCCACACCUGCUUCCUUUGUUAACACAUCAGGAUGGGAGUUACUGGAGCAGUUUGUGACGAGCCUGCAGGCCUCCUGUAAGUGACAGACCCAGCUGGUUGCUCCCCGCUUGCUCAGCGUUUCCACACCUGCAGGCGGAGAGAAGCAGGAGGAGGAGGAGCCAUGAUCGACCUGAGCUACCUGACGGAGGAUGAGCAAGGGGCGAUAAUGACGGUGCUGAGGAGGGACGCCGAUCUGAAGAAGGCCGAGGAGGAGAGAAUCAGGAAACUGGAGAGAAUACCUGACAGCAGGUCGCAGUUUGACACCGAGCUGAAGUACCGAACUGGAGAGUGGUUUUAUGAGGCCAAGUCUCACAGACACAUGGACAAGAUCCACGGCUCGGAGAUCAUCCUGGCCUCCAUGAAACCGAGGAAGGCUGGUUUAGAUGGUUCUCUCCGAAUUGAAAGAUCCGAGACGGCCAGCAGUCGAGGUUCAGACAUCGCCGCUCCACCAAAACCAGCCGCUCCACCAAAACCAGCCGCUCCACCAAAACCAGCCGCUCCACCAAAACCAGCCAGAUGUUUGGAAGCACUACAACCACAGGAGAUCAACGAUGCAGAAAAAGAGAAUCUGAAUUCAGCGGCCCGCUCUCCAAGAACGCCAAGGCACAACCCUUUCAACCGCGCUUCCCUUAUUGUUGUUGAGCCACCUGAAAAUAAUGAUGACAUGUCAACCAGCCGGGACCAGGAGUCAUCUGAGACAGAGCCCAUAUCUCCACUGAAGAGUCCCCCAGCACAGAGCAGUCAGACUUCAGGGGUCUCCCUCACAUCAGAGGGCUCUUCUGUCGGUUACAGGCCGGUGCCAAAGAAGAGGACAUUUAACUCAAGACGUACCUCCAGUCAGUCAGAGAGCAACAGCGUGGCGUUAGACGCUCUGGGAGAGACAGCGGGGAUUGCUCCCAGCCCAAGACGGAGCCUCCAGCGGGGGUCCAGUGAGAACUUUAACCAGUCCUACCUGAAGGGCCAAGAUGAAAUACCGCAGAAAAGUGUUGUUUCUUAUCAAGUAUCUCAUUCAGCUCAACCAUCCAAACCUCUGGAUGAAAACUCCCAGCAGCGACUCUGGGAUGUAUCUCAGCUUUCGUCUAAUUACAGUCUGAAGAGAGAAAGAAACCCACCUUUGAUAACAAGAGACAGACUUGCCACAUACACCAGGAGUGAUGCAUCCACUGACAAAGAGAUCCCACAGAAGAACAUUGAACGAGAUGAAGAUGUCGUUCUGCACACAGGCAGGAUUCAGGACUCAGACCAUGAAAACAUUAGCAGUGUGGGAACAGCAAUGAGACCGGGAGAUCUGAGUCUGCCCCAAAGCACUGUGGAUCAAGAUCCCCCAGUGUCUUAUGAUCUCAACUUCAUUGAUAAGUCUGAUCAGCUAGCUCAGAAGAAUCAAAAAAAUGCAUUUCAAUUAUCCACUCAGGCCACCAGUCCCACUGGUGAUGAGGACUCCAUCGCGAAGGUACUGGACUGGUUUAGCCGCAGCACAGACAGCCUCGAUUGGACAGAGACAGAAGAUGGUCCAAAGGCCACGCAGAGCUCUGAUAAACAGACAGAAAUCAGUAAAUCAAGAGGUGAAGGUUCACUUAGAAAAGAUGCCGGGGAUAUUAUAAGUGACAGAAAGAAAGAAACUCUUCAAAUGAGAAGAAAUCCCUUACAAAGACAGUCCAGUGAGGCUAAAGAGUUAAGAGCAACAGACAGAGACACACAAGAAACCCAAGAAGAGGUGGAGAAGAAUACCAGAGAAAGAAUUCGGUCACAGGAAGUUGAAGAUAAUAACGAUGAAAGACAACCCUCCCAAAUCGCUCAUCUGAAGUCAUUCUGGGAGAAAAGCAACAUGGGACAUAAAAUAAUUAUCAGCAAAGGACAAAAACCUGGUCAUGUCUCAGCGGAAAAAGACAAGGACAAAGUAAACAAACCACACAUAGCGCCUGAUAUGCCCACUGUGCCUGGAAUUUACAACGUAAUGGGAAUCUAUGAUCAGUCAGCUUCAAAUCCUGGGGAUGCAAGAGAACAACAGAAAGAUACUGGACCCAGUCUGGUGAUCAAUACUUCAACUCAGAGGAACAACAAUGACUCAACAUACAACUCAGAUUUUUUAAAGUUAGCAGCCACUCCACAAGUAGCUGACAGAAGAGAUUCAGACACUGAGAUUUUAUCUGUAAACAGAAUUAGUCCACAGCCAAAGACACCCAUCCAGUCCGGUGCACAACCUGACAGUAUUUUCCGAUCUAGAGAAACCUCACUGCAAGACGAACUGUUAAAGACUAAUCCUGUGUCUCACCGGGAUACAGAUCCAGACUCUGAGAAGCUCCAUUUGUCCAGAAACAGCCCAUAUACGAACGACAAGCAAGGUGAUAAGCAAAUCACCUCUAAAACACAAAUGCGUAGAGGUUCAAGUGAAGAAGUACAGACGAGGGAUAGUGAGGAUAAAAGUAUGCAAUCAAGCAUGUCUCCUAAACGAAAGGAGGAUACGUCUAACAAAGACAGAAUUAACAGCCCGCACGCCAACAGACAAGGUCAACCACAUCAAGAAAGUACUGCAGAGAAGAUAAAGCAGCUCAUGUCUUUCUGGGAGCAGGAGUGGCAAAAGCCUCCAUUUUGCACUGGCAAAGCUAAACUUCUUGGUGAUGGUAAAGUUAUUCGUGGUGCAAAUCAAUCAACACUGAAUAAAAGAUUUACAAAGUCGGAGUACGAUCUGACACCGAUUGGGAAUGAUUCAGUCAUCGAUGACGGACACUCUGAUAGGAAUUACCACAAUCUUACUGUUCUUCCUUUGAAUCAGACAAUAGACAAGUUGUCCCCUACCCUACACACAAGCCGAACACAAUUUAGUACUCUGCGUGAGUUCUGGGGCAAGACCAAGGCAGAUACCAAGGGAUCAUCUCCCUUCGACAAACCCAAGAGCCCCAAAAAGAAAGAACCAAUAAGUUCCCAGCUUUCAUUUCAGGAGUUAAAGUGCGGUGACGCGGACAAUUACUGCGUAUCAGAGAAACCAAAACCUGCUGCCAUGAAAUCAUUUCCCCCUCUUCAGAAUCGAUCAAAGUCACCUCACGAUAGACAGCCAGGGUCAGCGAAUGAUGGCAAAAACAACCUGUCCAAUUAUGCGACAGCAGAGUCCAAAAGGAGCUCAAAAGAUGCUAAUAGAGAGGAGAAACCACCUAAAUCCCCGAUCAGAUCAGGAAAAGAGAUUCGCUCUCCAAAGAGCAGAAAAGACAGCUUUGACACAUCGAGCAGUCGUGCGAAUUCCAUGCGUCGCGCCAUUAGCAUGUUUUCUCUGAGUUAUCCGGAUGAAAAAGAGCUUAAAAUGGAUGUACGCCCCAUCCACUCCCAGAGCAGAAAGCAGAGGCAGAACACCGAAAAAGAUGCCUCACCAAGAAGAUCACCUGAGGACACUGAGACUCUGACUCCACGUGCACGGGCAUAUGUUCCCACAGACUACCGGCAUUACCUGGGCAUGACGGACGAGACCAGCGAGCACACCUCUCUCGCCCCGGCUGUGAAGGACGACUGGUCAGAAGGAAAGUCUAGGUAUGAGUUUGAUCUGGCUGGGCCGGUGAGGACCAGCACUCCGGUGACCUUAGAGGAGAGUUACAGCAGAGGGGGCGGCAAGACGAGUCAGCGCCCCCUGUCGACAAGCUACAGCAGUUCAGACGCAGAUCAGGAAUCAUCUGUGAGCAGCACGUCACAAACCUGGUCCAACUGGAGGAGUUCAAACCGUGAGAAUGAUGUCUACAUUCAAAACCUCGUAAGGAAAGCAUUGCUGAGAGCAGAAGUAAGGCCUAAAAAUCUGACUAAAAGUAUGGAGGACAUCACCGCAUCUUUAUCACCACGUGAGCAUGUCCUCCAAGUCAGAUUGUUCAUAUAUACGCAGAUCAUUUUGGGGGAUUGUGGUUUCUUUGGUUUGUUUUUCACAGGACAAGAAACCAGACAAGAACCAGCUGCUGACAUGAGACGCAUUCGUGAUGUUUCAUCCAUCCCGUCGCCGUCACCGCCCCUAUUUUCGGAUCCGGAGCACCUGAAGAAGAUGAGCAAAUCGGUUCCUUCGUUUUUAGAGAAGGAGGACGGUGGCAGAAACACUGACUCCACCUGCGAGGACAAUGACCGAACAGGAAGACUAAUGACGGGCAGCUCUUUGAAUAACCUCAGCAGCUCCUCUGGCAUGUCGUCUUUGUCUUAUAUGAGUGGAAGUGUGAUGACCAUGAACAGCGGCGAUUUUGGGAAUGUGGAGGUUCAGGGAAAUAUCCAGUUCUCCAUCAACUACAUCCAGAAGCUCAAACAGUUUCACAUCUUUGUGACUGAGUGCCAACACCUGGCAGCAGUCGACCCAAAGAGGGGCCGCUCUGAUCCGUAUGUCAAAAGCAACCUGGUUCCUGACAAAGCUAAUCUGGGAAAGAGGAAAACAUCUGUGAAAAAGAAGACACGAAAUCCAACUUUCAACGAGCUCCUCCGAUAUCGUGUUCACAUGGAGUACCUCAGAACCCAGACGCUCAUUCUCUCUGUUUGGCAUCACGACACCUUUGGCAGGAACAGUUUCCUGGGCGAGGUAGACGUGGACCUCUCCAAGUGGGACUUUGACCACACCCAGAUGAACUACUUAGCCCUGAAAGCAAGGACCACACCAACUCUGGUGCCAUCACAUGGUCAAGGAGAGAUGAGACUAGCCAUACGUUUCCUGCCAGAGAUCAUCCACAGUGAUGGAUUUAUUAAGGAGAGUCCAAACACCGGAGAAGUUCACAUUUGGGUGAAAGCCUGCAAUAACUUGCCUCCAAUCAGGGCCACCAUCGACACAUAUGUUAAGUGCUCUGUGCUGCCGGACACGAGCAGGAAGAGUCGCCAGCACACGCGCGUGGUGCGGAGGACAGUACACCCAGUGUAUAACCACACGAUGGUGUACGACGGCAUCAGACAGGCCGAUCUAUCAGAAGCCUGCGUGGAGCUCACUGUCUGGGACCAAGACAGGCUGGCCAGCAACAUGCUGGGGGGCCUGAGGCUUGGAGUUGGAAAAGGACAAAGUUACGGAGUACUGGUGGACUGGAUGGACUCAACUCCUUAUGAGGCGGCCCUGUGGGAGCGCAUGAUGGCCACCACAAACGAAUGGGUGGAGGACGUACUCCCAUUAAGAGUGCUGAACUCUGCAAAAACUGGUUUCAAAUAACUAAAACUAGUGCAAACACAGUAUAAAAACACCGUUAAUUAAUAGUUUUAAAGAUUUAAAUUCAGUCAGGAAAAGCUGUCUAAGUAUUUCAAAUAUCUGCCUCUCAUUGUGCUUGCUUUUAGUGACAAUAAUAUCACAGACAAAAAGAAGCCUUGAGGCACACUGGAAAAUGUAAUCAAGAAACCAUACAUCAAUCGAAGUACAAUAAACCUCAAAUAAAAACAUGACUCACACAUAGGUAACAUACAACAAAUACCAGGCAAGUCUGGCUGAACAUCUGUUGAUAGGCUUUAAUUAAUAUGCACACAAGGACACAAGGUUACACCCACAGUUGUACCAGGAUCUAGAUGUAUAUCCUACAUGCAGUAUGUCUAAAUGUCCACUAUUUUGAUAAUUGAGUUGCUCCCAAUGUGCAAUACACCUGUAUACACCCUAAAUAUCUCAUUAGCCAAAUUAUCAAGGUUGUUAAGUAAGGCUAAUACUAACAGAUAUGAGAUAACUGUUGCACGUAAUCAUAUUAAAAACAAGUGGGAUUAAAGGAAUUAAAUGCAGAAGUCCAUUUUUUUUUAAUCAUUUGGCAUAAUGAUGAUAAAAGUCAAGGGUAGCAUAGAGCAUAAGAUUGUUUGAAUAACAAUUUCUUCAAUGGUGAUGAAAGAGUAUCACAACAUAAUAGUCCUGUCCAGUUUCCCCGUGACUUGUUUUUGUUAUGUCUCCAACUUAGUUAAGAUUAUAGACGAUAAAGAGCGUCUCAGAGAGGGAAUAAAGAGAUUCCAGACAGAGAAACAAAUAGUUAAGAUGACAUACGACGACCAGAGGACUGCUGUUGCAGCUCGGGGAUGAUGUACCUGUGUGAGAGAGGAAGACGAGAAGAAUCAAGACGUUUCAGGUUAUGAUGCUGCAUGUUUCUACUAUUAAAUGUUGCAUAUUUGAAUUAGAGCUGUUGACUGUGUAAGUUAUCCAAACAAGACAACUUCGUAGAACUAGUCGUCACACUUCACCGUCACAGCCGUACAGACACACAGAUAUAUAAAAUGAAAUUAACCAUGCAAAUGUACAUAUUUUAAGGUGAUAUUGUUCACUUUUCCACUUUUGUGUCAAAAGGAGAACAUUUGUGACAUUAAAUAAUAUUGUAAGAGGACUUUGAGUGGAGAAAUAAGCUCAACUUUCCAGCAGACAUCAAAAGUCAUAAAAGUGGUCAUGGAAAGUUUGGACAUCUACAGCUUCAUGACAACUAAGCCAACUUAAUUAGUUAAUUUUGGGAAACCAGCUCAAAAUCAAGUAAAUAUCCACAAAACUGAGCAAAAGACGUUUUAGUGAUGAAGCAUUACUUAAGAGUGUGAAGUGACUGUUGUUAGUUGACUCACAGGCAUACAGCCGUUGCACGAGGACACCUCACAGAGCCUGUAGCAGUGCAAGUAGAAAGUGGAAACUGACUGAUAUGCUCCAAAUCUGAAGGCCUCAAAGGAGAAGUGUGCCCUCUGAGACUCCCCAUUGAGAUCCACCUUUGUUUGUGUGUCACGUUCACACCUUGGGUGAAAAGGAGAAAGGUAAUGUGACUACACACGUGGAUAAAAUAUAAAGAGGUAGCUCGGAGUUGAGUGUCAAAUUAAAGAAGACCCACCCUACAAAGAGGUCAUAAUAGGUGUUGAGGAAGGGAUAUGGCUGUGUUGAUGUGCAUUAGUCUCGCAUGUAUUGGUUUGUGAAAAAGCUAUACCGAUUCAUCCUGAAGGUAUCAUACCAACGUCUAUGGUUGUCACGAACAAAUACAACUUUAUUUAAAACAUUUAUAUCAAUAUUUGAGCUGUCCAGCCACAAUUUUUAGUUGGUGUCAGGCUAUAAAUAUGUAUAUUCCUGCUGUAAAGUUGGGCAUUUUAACAUGGGGGUCUAUAAAGGUUCACUUGCUUAUUGAGCCAGCUUCAAGUGACCAUUUGAGGAACACAACCUUGUCUAUAUACAACAGUGCAGUAUAUAAAAGGUAUUAGCCAUACCAAUUAAAUAUUUUAAUGUAUUUCAAAGUCUUAAAAACCGGAAAAGGAGUUCAGCAAAAACUGUUGGUUGAAUCUGUGUAAUCUACAUGCAUCCAGUCACAAUUUCUUCAAGUUUAGUUUAAUGAUGUAUUAUCAAAGAAUAAAGCACGAGAACUUUCUUCAUCAUUCUUAUUGAAAACAUUUUAAAAAUACACCAACUCUAACUGAUUACAAAAGAAAAGAUACCAUUAUUUAUUAAAUAUUUCAAUAUGACUCUGACAACAUGCAUAAAACUAACACGUAAUUAUAAUACACCAUUAUAGUACAGCCUCUGUGCCCUUAUCUCCACAUGAAUACACUAAGUGAUUGGUAAUGAUUGUAAGAUUAUUAAGUAUAGAUUAAAGCACAUUGCUGUUUGUGAAAUGGAAAAUAGUAGUAAGACAGUAUGAUAUUUAUUGUCUGUUAUGACUUGUUUUACUAUCUCUGCAGCUACAGUAACGACCAUGCUUUUUAGAUGAUGAUGUACUAAACUGCCAGUUUGGGAGACAGCUGAAGGGAGUGCGCUGUCGGUCAGAGUAUGUUACUGGAUGAAUGGCUUUCUUCUGACAUACAACACAAAGUACGCAGCCAUGGCGACAAGGAGAAUUGAUAAGAUGACGAUGCAGACGAUAACAGCCACCACGGGGCCGCUGUAGUUGCUCUCAGAUGGCAAGUCUGUGUGAGCAGAGAAGAAGAAAGGCAUGAUGAUAUCACACAGUAUUAUCCUUCAUUGGUCUGUUAAUCGAUGUUGCUAAUACCGCCUGAGAAAGUCGUGACGAACCGAGAUUCUUACCGUAAGAAGCAGAGAAAGUUUGAGCUUCUCCUGAAAAAUGUAACAAAACUAUGGUCAAUAAAUGACAGGAUUCACUUUUUGUUACUGUUGAUGAAA